AUGUUACCAUAUAUUUCUGUUCCACAAUAUUCGGAAAAACCGAUGCUGCAACUCCGCGGAAACACGAUGGAGGACGCAAUUGAUGCUGGCAGAGAAAAGGGAGAUUCCGAUGGAGAAAGGGGUAGUGUGGUUGUAACUGCUGUUGUCUCUGCUUCCUUUGACACUAUAAAGGAGAGCACAAGUGACUUGCAUUUGAACCAGAAGAAAAUGGAAGCAUCACCUUGUUCAGUCAUUUCUUCCGUGGCCAUCUGUGUCAUGGUUUUGGUAGCUGCUGCUGCAUCAUCUGCCUUGGCUCAAGUUGAGGUGAAUCAAAGCAGUAUUGCACUCACUUUCGAACUAAACAUCACCCGAGAUGAUUUUCCAAGUGAUUUUUACAUUGGUGUCGGCACUGCAGCUACACAGACGGAAGGGGCAGCCGAAGAAGAAGGGAGAGGACCGAGUGUGUGGGAUCACCGUGCCAAAAUGCUCCCAGGUAGCAUUCCGAACAGUGACAAAUUCCCCUUUGCAAUUGAUGGAUACAAAAGAUGCAAGGAGGAUAUUAAGAUCAUCAAGGAUCUCGGAGUAAAUGCCUACAGAUUCUCCAUCUCGUGGAGUAGGAUUUUACCACAGGGGAGCCUAAGCGGCGGUAUUAAUCAACGGGGUGUGGAUCACUAUAACAGUCUAAUCAAUGAAUUAAAACGAAAUGGCAUCGAGCCUUUUGUCACGAUCUAUCACUUCGACAUGCCACAAGCGCUGCAAGUAAAAUAUGGGGGCUAUUUGAAUCGCAAGUUCGUGCAAGACUUCCAAGACUACAGUGACCUUUGCUUCAAGUUAUUUGGAGACAGAGUCAAACACUGGUUCACCAUUAAUGAGCCGAGUUCUCUUGCAGUGUAUGGCUAUGAGAUAGGGAUUGCCCCACCAGGAAGGUGUUCCCUUCCAGAAGGACAAUGUGGGUUGGGAGCUCCACCUCCAGGAACAUGUAUUGUGCCUGCCGGUCCCUGCUUUGGUGGUAACUCAUCAACGGAACCUUACAUUGCCGCCCAUAACCUUAUCCUUGCUCACGCCGCAGUGGCAAAACUAUAUAGGGAGAAAUACCAGGUCAAAUUUAAAGGCUUGAAAGAAAUCACAUUCAUCUUUAUUCAAACUUAUUAAAUGAAUCUUGUCAAAGCUUUCUUUGAAUGUCAUCUUCCAGGAAGAGCAAAAAGGAGAAGUUGGAAUCGUCCUUGCUGCAACUUAUUUUGCGCCAUCUUCCAAAUCACAGGAAGAUAAAGCUGCAGCAAAGCGACUCUUUGAUUUCACCCUAGGAUGGUCAGAAUAACCCCUCAAGAUCACCUUAAGAUGUCCAUUAAUCUCAUUAGCAAUUAAUAUUAGCUUCUUUAAUUUUCAUUAGGUUUAUGGAACCCUUGGUGUUCGGAAACUAUCCACGAAGCAUGAGAGAUCUGGUGAAGGAAAGGUUGCCCACCUUUUCUGCCGAAGAGAAAUCUCUACUCAACGGGAGUUUAGGUAAUUUUGUUGGGAUAAACUAUUACUCAUCAGCUGGUGCAAAACACAGGCCUGCUCCUCCCACAGAGCAGUUGCGGUAUUCAUUCGAUUCAUGGGCCGAAGCAACAGGUAAAAUAUUGUACCUGCCAUAGCCAUAAUGAAAGAAAAUAAAAUCAAGCAUAGGUUCUAAUGCUGUCUCUUGAUUAUGUCUUGGUUAUUGCAGCGAUCCCAGACGUUUCUGGUGUGGUAAGAAAAUUUCUAAACUUUUACUUU